UCUUGGGAAUUGAAAGGAAAAGGAGGUGUAUCUCCAAUUUCCACAGAAGGAGGGGAGAGUGUUGACUGUUUUGUCAAGAAUGAGUACACAACUAUGGUAUUUCGCAGCAUUGUUUCUGCAUCCUGACUUUUCUAAAACGAUUGCAUGGAGGUAGAUGGAGGGACUUGUUGACUACUGACAGCAAAGCUCCAUGGAUUUCUGGAAGCUUGAACUUAAGAGUGAUAACUUAGGGUACCUGGCAAAAGAAAUUUCUGAGCAGCAAAGCAUUUAAGAAGUGGCCUGGUUGCUUCACUGCUUCAAACAACCUACAGUUAUAUACGGGAGCAAAGAAAUGAUUUAAAGUUGGAAUUUAUAUUUAAAAGGCACAAUUUCACCUUCACUUGAACUGCUUCAUUCAGAACUCUGCAAAUUCCCUGAAGUAGAAGGAAAAAAUGACCACAAUCAAGGAGGCAGUAACCUUCAAGGAUGUGGCUGUGGUCUUCACUGAGGAGGAGCUGGGGCUGCUGGACCCUGCCCAGAGGAAGCUGUACCAAGAUGUGAUGCUAGAUAACUUCAGGAACCUGCUCUCAGUAGGGAAUCAACCAUUCCACCAAGAUACUUUCCACUUCCUAAGGAAGGAAAAGUUUUGGAUGAUGAAGACCACAAGCCAAAGAGAAGGAAACCUAGGAGGCAAGAUCCAAAUUGAGACUGUUCCAGAAGCAGGACCACAUGAAGAGUGGUCCUGCCAGCAAAUCUGGGAACAAAUUCCAAGUGACCUAACCAGGUCUCAAGACCCCAUAAUAAACAGCCCUCAGUUCCUCAAAGAAGGUGAUGUCCCCUGCCAGAUUAAGGCAGACCUAUCCAUAAGUCAUGUGCAACAGAAACCUUACCAGUGUAAUGAAUGUAAACAGUCCUUCAGUUAUGUUUCUGUCUUUGAUCUCCAUCAACAAUUACACUCAGGAAAGAAGUCUCAUACAUGUGAAGAGUGUGGAAAAAGCUUUUGUUACAUCUCAGCCCUUCAUAUUCAUCAGAGAGUCCAUUUGGGAGAAAAACACUGUAAGUGUGAUGUGUGUGGUAAGGAAUUUAAUCAGAUCUCACAUCUGCAAACUCAUCAGAGCAUCCAUACUGGAGAGAAACCAUUCAAAUGUGAUCAGUGUGGGAAAGGCUUUCAUAGUAGAUCAGCACUUGGCAAAUUACACACAGGGGAGAAACCUUAUAAUUGUGAGGAAUGUGGGAAGGCCUUCAUUAACGAUUCACAGCUUCAGGAACACCAGAGAAUCCAUACUGGGGAGAAGCCAUUCAAAUGUGAUAUAUGUGGUAAGAGUUCCAUUAGAUCAAGACUUAAUAGGCAUUCUCUGGUUCACACAGGAGAAAAACCAUUCAGAUGUGAUACAUGUAGUAAGAACUUUCGUCAGAGAUCAGCACUUAAUAGUCAUUGCAUGGUUCAUGUAAGAGAGAAGCCAUACAAAUGUGAGCAGUGUGGAAAAGGCUUCAUUGGUAGGCGAGAUUUUUGUAAGCAUCAGAUGGUCCACACAGGAGAGAAACCAUAUAAUUGUAAAGAAUGUGGGAAGAGCUUCAGAUGGUCCUCAUGUCUUCUGAGUCAUCAGCAAAUCCAUAGUGGGGAAAAACCCUUCAAAUGUGAAGAAUAUGGGAAGGGAUUUUAUACAAAUUCACAACGAUCUUCCCAUCAGAGAGUUCACAAUGGAAAAAAGCCUUAUAAGUGUGAGGAGUGUGGUAAGAGCUAUAAAAGGAGGUUGGAUCUUGAGUUUCACCAGAGGGUCCACACAGGUGAGAGACGCUAUAAUUGUAAGGAAUGUGGGAAAAGCUUUGACUGGGCCUCCUGUCUUUUGAGACAUCAGAGACUCCACAGUGGAGAAAAACCUUUCAAAUGUGAAGAGUGUGGAAAGAGAUUUACUCAGAGUUCACAACUUCAUUCCCAUCAGACAGUUCAUACUGGAGUAAAACUAUACAAAUGUGAGCAGUGUGAGAAAGGGUACAACAGUAAAUUUAAUCUUGACAUGCACCAGAGGGUCCACAGGGGAGAGCGACCCUACAGUUGUAAGGAAUGUGGAAAGAGCUUUGGCUGGGCUUCAUGUCUUUUGAAACAUCAGAGACUCCACAGUGGAGAAAAGCCAUUGAAAUGGGAGUGUGGGAAGAGAUCUACUCAGAAUUCACAGCAUCAUUUACAUCUGAAAGUCUAUAUGGGAGAAAAGCCAUACAAAUGUGAGACGUGUGGGAAAGGCUUUGGCUGGGUCUCAACUCAUCUGACCCAUCAGAUUCUCCUCAGCAGAGAAAAACCAUCCAAAUAUGAGAACUAUGAAAACUUUGUAUAUAUAUUAAAGACCAAGAAAAAAGUCCACAGUGGAGAUAAUCCAUACAAAUGUGAGGAGUGUGGGAUGUACUACAACAGGCACUUGACUUUAUGCAUGAGUGUCCAUAUGGCAGAGACACUACAGAAGUUUGGGAAGAUUGUCAUGUGCUUCAGUCACGCCUCAAGUCUUCAACUUCAUCAGAGUGUUCUCAUUCAAGAAAAACCUUAGUAAUGUGAUGUCUGUGAUAAGUUUUCACAGCUACAAGCUUAUCUGAGAGUUCACAAUGGGAGAAACAUUAAAAAUUUGAUGCAUGUGGUAAGCACUUCAGUUUGAGUUCAUAUCUCAUGACUUAUUACAGAACCCAUCCUGAUGAUACAUUUCAUACAGUCUCAGGAGGGAAAAUAUUUAAGUUAAAGUCUGUUUCAGCCAUAGUUCGGCAUACCCAAGUGGUUUUAACUACUGUAGCAGAGAACCCUUGUAAGUUGAGGCUUCACUCAAAAGUUUGGCAAUUAUAGU